AUGCUAUCCGGACUUCGCAGGGGAUGGUGCGGUUUGAUGUGCAAACCACAAUUUCAAGUGAUAACAAUGGCAACAAACCAAACCCCUAUUGAGAGUGCCAUCCGUACGGGACUGACGAAAGAACUGUCGCCUGUACAUUUGGACGUCGUCAAUGAAUCCUACAUGCAUAACGUUCCCAAGGGUUCCGAAACACACUUUAAAGUUCUAGUGGUUUCCCAACAUUUUGAGGGUCUUCCACUGAUCAAGCGUCAUCGCUUGGUGAAUGAGAUAGUGAAGAAUCAGCUUGCUGGAGAGUUUGUUCAUGCGCUAUCGAUAGUGGCCAAAACGCCUCUUCAAUGGGAUGAAGCAUACAAACUUGAACCUAGCCCUAAUUGUAAAGGAGGAUUUGGGAAAUAA